AUGGAAGUUUCUUGUUCAAUUCGUGUUCCUAAGUUCGUUGGAAAAUAUAAAGUAAUAAAAACCCUUGGUAAAGGUGGUUUUGCUGUAGUUGUACUUGCAGAAGACAUUAAAACUCAUGAAUAUGUUGCAAUCAAAAUUGUCGAUCGAGCUGAAAUCGUAAACCAUAAAAUGCUAUUAUUCCUUGAAAACGAGCUUAGAUUAUCAUCUCGUUUCCAUCAUCCUAACAUUGUAGAAGUCUAUGAUAUUAUCUACGAAACAGACAUAAUUAUGAUUAUAAUGGAAUAUUUACCGAACAGAGACCUGCAAACACUUUUAGAGAGAGGAAUGUGCUUUGCACUCGACGAGCAAGUAACAAUUGCUUAUAAGAUUUUAGAUGCAUUGAAUUAUCUUCAUCAAAGAGGUGUCAGUCACAGAGAUAUCAAACCGGAAAACAUUCUAUUUGAUGCACAACUUCAGCCAAAGCUCAUCGAUUUUGGUCUUUCUCGAGAAAAUGCUUCAGCAUUGAGUACAUUCUGCGGAACAGCCUUUUACAUGGCUCCUGAGUUGGUUAAUGAAAAUGUAUAUGAUGGAAGAAAAAGCGAUAUUUGGGCUUUCGGAAUCACCUGCCACGUUUUAGCCGCUCAAAGAUUCCCAUGGCCAAUGAAAUCGGAAGUUCAGAUCAUCAAAGAAAUUCAAGACAACAUAUUAGAAAUAAAUAUUGAACCCGAUGGAAUUAUGGCAGAAAUCAUCAAGAAGGCUCUUGAUUUCAAUCCAAAAGAACGUUCUUCUGCCAUCGAACUCAUGGAUUUCAUAGAGAACCAUUUCAAGAUGCCAAUAUUCAUAAGGAAGAGCGAGACACAGACUGGAAAACUCCACGACAGACAAACAUAUCAAGGUCCGUCCCUUCCAAAGCUCGAUGCUCGAUAUAUUGCCAAGCUAAAACCAAAGGCUCGCGAAGUUCCUGAUAAAUUGGUCACAAGAAGAAAUCGUAGAAUACAGAGUUUAUGA